GAUGGCGCUAAUGCGAUACUUUGGUUUGCAAACCACUGUUAAAACGAUAGAAGAAGAAGACGAAACACGGAAUUGAUCUGUUUUAUAUUUUUAACAAGUGUUUUUUUAAAUAUAUAUAUUUAAAAGAUAAAUCAUAAUCCGAAUAUCUUUUAAAAUGAUUCCAGAGUUAUCAAACAGUUCAGUUUAUAUGAAAGAGCCUGAGAGAGUUGAACAGAUAUUGACCUCCAUGAAAAAUGCUGGACCGAUCAAGCUGCAGGUGAUCUCAGAUUUUGAUAUGACUCUCACCAGAUUCUCCUACAAUGGGAAACGCUGUCCUACCUGCCACAAUAUCUUGGAUAAUAGCAAACUGAUGAGUGAAGACUGCAAAGCCAAGCUGCAGAAUCUUCUGGAAACGUACUACCCCAUUGAGAUUGACUGCACACGCCCAGUAGAAGAGAAGUUACCUCUCAUGGUGGAAUGGUGGACUAAAGCUCACGAUCUGCUUGUGGAGCAGAAGAUCAGGAAGGAUGAUUUGACUCGUGUGGUCAGAGAGUCUGAGGCCCGGCUAAGGGAUGAAUUCCAGCAGUUUUUUCAUCUUCUCCAUGAGAUGUGUGUUCCUCUGCUCAUCUUCUCUGCUGGGAUUGGAGAUGUGCUGGAAGAAGUGAUCAGACAAGCCGGAGUUUUCCAUCCUAAUGUUAAAGUGUUAUCCAACUAUAUGGAUUUUGAUGAAUCUGGUGUGUUGCGAGCAUUUAAAGGAGAACUGAUUCACAUCUACAACAAACGUGAGGGAGCGCUGCUUAAUAGCGGCCACUUCCAAGAGCUUCACAGUCGCAGUAACGUCCUGCUGCUCGGAGAUUCACUCGGAGAUCUCAACAUGGCAGACGGAGUCACAGACUUGCAGAACAUCCUGAAGAUCGGAUACCUCAAUGACAAGGCGGAUGAGAGAAGACAGUCAUAUUUAGACGCCUAUGACAUCGUCCUGGAAAAAGAUGAAACGAUGCAUGUGCCCAAUGCAAUCCUGCGGUACAUCACAGGACAACCAUGACCUUUGUUUUUUGUUGAGUUGUUUUGCUACCUCACUGACUUCUGUACCUUUAUUUUGUUCAUGUGUCCAGAGUUACUAAACAUCAGCUGGUUUACACAACA